GGUUCGAAUCGCUGGUCUUUGGCUGCUACGGUCGUGCGUCCGCGAUUGCAGGAAAAAAUGCAGUGAAAAGUGCGACUUUCGGUUUAUUUUCGCAUGAAAACUGUGGCACGUGAACUUCCGUCGUGUUUGGUACCGCCAGUGCGUUGGAAAAUCGGUGAUUAUUCGCCCCGGAUGGCAAGUGAAAAAAAAAGUUGAUCAUCGGUGGUGCAGUAAUCGAUAGGUGAAGAAAAGGUGCAAAAAGCGCACCACAAAAUUUGGGAUCAUUUUUUUCGUUUCUUUUGUGGUGCUAAGCAGGAGAGUGAAGAAAAUUUUGUCUUUCUCACGCAACCGAAGAAGAGUACGGAUGAUAGCAGCAGAGGCACACUCUCGUAGCAGCGUACAGGCGAGAAUGGUGAUGUGUUGGUUGGCAGUGCACUGUGAGAAAUUUUUGGUUUAAAGAAAACACGAUGCGUAGCUGAGUGAGUUGUGUUGUGUGAUGCAAAAGCUUUGCUAUUCUACGAAUCAAAAUAAUGGCGAAUGUGUGGGUGUGGGAACAGUGUUUUUAUUUUAAAUGCUCACGCUAUUUUCUCUCACGCGUUACUCCGUUAUCUCAUUGAACGAGAUAUAGAGGUGCUUUCACACAAACUGAUGAAUGAAUUUUGGAUAAACACGAGAUCGAGGUUCAGAUUGGUUGCUGCUAUCGAAAACAAAUAAAAUAAAGCGACACUCCCAUUCCGACCCGUCGUGCAUAGCAAGGUCCACUGGCGGCGACGACAGCCGGCGAAGCAGUAUCAGCCCGAUCGUGGAUCCAAUCUAUAUGGUGCAGGAAGAGUUUGUAUAUAGUUUUGUGUAGUUUUCCGGGAAGAGUAAAAAUUCCAAGCCAAAAUCAAACGUGUCCCAAAAGUGUAUCUGUGUGAAUCAAUGGCCAAUUUUAAUCGCAAGGUGAAAAGUGUACGUCCCAAAGUCGUAGAGUGUAGUGUUGAUUCGUUGUGUUUUUGUUGUGAUGUUCACCCCGUGAUGGACGGACGAGGAUGCGAUGGUGCUCGCCGUGUGAGGGUUAAGGAAUAACGAAGAAAAAGAGCGAAACAGAACUGCAAAUCUCUUAUCAGAGGCAGCGUUCGAAGUAAUAUGCACCUAUCAGUAACCCAGUUGGGCAGCAGUACGACGACUAAAACGACUACGACGAGUGCAUCGGCAGCUAGCUACAGUCCGCAGAGUUCGCAAUCCGGCCAACAGAACAUCCCGCCGCAAAGUCAGUUCUACCAGCUUCAGGAGCAUCCAGUGCAACAGCGGGAUUUGAUCGGCGGGACCCAGGCUGGCACUGGUAGCGGCGAUAGCCAAGGUCACAGUCAACAGCAGGAGCAACAACGUGGCGGAAUCAUCACAACAGAAUGUGAUACCGAAGCGGAGAUCCCGGCCUCUGUCAUCAGCAGCGUUGGCGCGGUAAACUAUCAACAAUCGUCGGCGGCGGUCCGGCAGCAGCUGUACGUUGUGGCACCGGUUGGCGGCUAUGGAUCCGGAGGCAGUCCCGGUACUGUCUUCAACGCCACCAACAGCGUCGCUAUCGGUAACAGCAAUGUGAAAGGUCAGCAACAGCCCUACUGUAACAGUGCUAGUAGUGAAAGUGCCAAUCAUCACCGCCAACAUCAGAAGCAACAGCAACACCAUCACGAUUAUCGUCAAUUCGAUAGCGACUGCAUCGGCAGCGAGGGCUACAAGAUGAUGUCACAGGUCAACACCGGUAGCUCCUCGACGGCUAUUCACAGUUCCGCGGCAGCGACGACAACAUCUUCUGCAGUAUCGGUGGCAGCGGCGGCGGCUGCGGCAGCUGCUGCAGCAGCCGCAGCCAACACAAGCAACGGAAGUACAAAUCAACCCCGCCAGCAUCCGAAAAAGCGCAAAUUUGAUCUGGCAGAACUCGAGGAGAUGGAAUCCCACCGGGGCAGUGCUGGUUCCUCCGGGCCGCCAUCGCAACCCGUCGACACGGGAGGAACAUCAUUGUUAAACGGGAGCAAUAAUAGUAACAGUAAUGUAAAUAAUAGUAGUAAUAGUAACAACAACGUUAGUGUAGGAAACGAACACACUGCGCUGGAUGCGAGCGAGGCUUUUCCGGCGGCAUCGAGUCAUUCGGAACUCCUAAUCAGUAGGCCACCGUCGGGUUCUUCGGCGUCCCCUUCGGUGGCCUACAGCAGUUGUAGCGGUAACAAUCUAGGUGCAAUAAUAACGGUUACUUCAAUGGCACAGCAACAUCAUUCGCAAUCGGUGGUGAUGAACGAGCAUUUAGGCUGCAGUAGUCCCAGUAACAACAGCAACAACGGUACUAUGGGGGGAGCAAGGCUCCAUCCACAGCAGAGCUUUGAAAUUCUGCAACAGCAAAGACUCUCUUCAGAUCCGGCAAGGCCGCAACAACAACAACAACAGCAAACCAUUAGGAUACAGCAAACUGCCGAUGGGUACUACAGCAAUAAGAAAAUCUACACCAGCACUUCCUAUGGCUCACCCAUCAGCAUCUAUAAGCCGGCUGUAACACCUCCGUCUUCAAUAAUGCUUCAGCAAUCCCAGCAACAGGUCGUGGGGUCACCAUCCUCGCUACAGCAACAGUCUCUUCAGUCAACCCCACUGCAGCAUACUCCAUCCUCUAGCAAUACCCCACCGGAAACGGGAUCGCAUCACACAAGCAGUACACCGCCAGUCGCCGGUUUGAUCUCAAGUAACGUUACUACCUCGUCCUCCGGACCACCACCACCGCCACCAUCGUCGUCGGCGUCAUCCACUUCUGCGAUGCCGUGCGGGGCAGCGGCACCUUCAAGCUUGAUCGAUCUUAACGACUGGUCCAACUGUCGAGUGUUGGCCAGGCGAAAAGACUUAUACGAGUCUGGAUUGAUUCGGGCCAUACCAUCGCCCAGCACAGUCGUGGUAGUGUUCGACUACCCCGAGGGAAGCCAACAGAAGUACGACGAUGUGUUUAGCGCGGGUCGCUACGACAUCAUCGACGAUGCUUCUCCUUCCGCAGCGGAUGUCGGCCCCGGGAGCAGGGUAUGUGUGCGACUGAAAACUGUCCCAGCAUUUCCCUCUGGUAACGUUUUUGUCGAGGCUGUGGUAAAAGAAAUGCAUAAUAGCACUAAGAAAUUUGCGGUCCAAUUUAUUGGACCCAAUGGAGGUGCGCAAGAGAUUAAGUUGGUGAAGAGGGCUGAUAUUCGGCUACUUAAACCACCCUGGUGGGAAGAAAUGAAAGACAUGGUAGAAGCUGUGGAGAAUGCGCGGAACCGAUCACAACAAACACCAGUCAGUAGGCCUGGUGCAGUGAACUAUCACAAUUCGGACAUGUCUCAGGUUCCAUCCAAUGCCAUCAUGUACAGCCAAAGUACUGUACCGCCAGUUAGUGCAAGUAAUACCCCGUACAAAGCCAUCAGCAUCACACAAGGUCGUGGUGUGGCGGCUGCUGCACGUUACGAUUCUCAACAGCAGCAGCCGCAGCAGCAACAACAACAAUCACAUGUGCCAUUACAAUUCCACCAAAUUCUUCCGACGCUUCAUGUGAACGAAGAACAUUAUCGAACGGCGGCCACUUCGCCAAUGGCAGCAGGUCAGUCUGUAUCCGGUGGGUUCGACGGUCAACCGACGACACUGGUAGCGAAUAAUCACUACCAGGCUCAUCACCUAUCCCAACAACAGCAAGGUGGGAACGAACUGAUGGCGCCUGGUGGGCCUAGUUCAGUAUUAACGUCUGGCAGUCCAGACGAUUUGCACAACGCAAAUCGAAACUUCUACGACUAUGAAAGCGACGACGAACUGCGGCGAGGAGAGAUCAACUUCCCGAUGGAUGGUGAUAAUGAAAAAUACUCAGGCAGUAGUAAAAGAAGCAGCAUGCAAAGUCGUGGUAGUACAUCUAGCUUGCUAGACCAGCGAAGUACUCCCAGAUCUCAACCAGCAACUCCAAGAUCUCAGGCGACAACGCCGCAUCGCUUUAAGAAGGGUGACGUAGUGUCCACCCCUAACGGUAUACGGAAAAAGUUCAACGGCAAACAGUGGCGACGGUUAUGCUCGAACGAGUCCUGCUCGAAAGAAUCUCAACGACGCGGAUACUGCUCGCGGCAUCUCAGUCAAAAAGGCAACGCCCUGCGAUCGUCGGCCGGUUCAACGGCUAAUCAUUUUGCUAGCAGUCGAUCCAGCAGCAAAACGCAGCUGGACGAGGACACUUCUCGGGAUUCUGAAACGUCGCCAAACUACCGGGUGACCGGACGGUUUGAUGAAACGGAGACGGAUGUGGCCAACAUGUUAGUAUCAUUGAGCAGUUCGCGAUCUGCCACGCCAUGUAACUCAUUCUCAUCUCCAACGGGACAUGCUUCGUCACCAUUGGCCAGUACUACCCAGUCACCGGUGACCAUAGGCAACCGGCAAAAUGUCUUCAUGCCCAUUGGCAGCCCAGCGCCAUCCUCCUCCGAACAUCAUGGUAAAUUCAAAACCAAUACUCCCAGUCCCAUAAUGUACGGUGGGGCGCAGGGUCUCAGUGCCAGUGGGUUACCGGUAAAUCUUGGUCCCCAUCAACCUCCACUUAUACGACCAGAAUUGCUGCGACCUUCACAAACAGUGCCACAGCAACCGAUCGUGUCGCUUCCUCCUACAGGUCACGCAACCAGCGUGAUACGAAUAUCGCCAGCGUCAUCUCAUGGCACCCAACAUCCGGGCCUGUACUCUUCCUUUCACGGCCAGCAACAGGUAAUAGUUGAUCCGGGGCAAUCGCCAUCACAACAACACCCACAGCAGCCCCAACAUAUGGCCAAUCGCGGGCCAAUAAUGGCACCUCAGCAAACAAUACAGCUGCAACCGCAGCCGAUCGUACAACAGCAACCACAUUCGGUGGUUCCACAACAGCAACAACAACAACCAGUGACCGUGCCAAAAAACGGCAUUAGCACGGGUUCCAUCUUUCAAUGGCAUACAUUACUUCCGAUAAUCCAAGCUCCGGCCUCGAAAACGUUUGUCCAACACCAUCAAUCGAGCUACUCUCCAGCUCAGCACCAGCAGCAACAACAGUCAUCCGGCAUUCCACAAACGGUCAACGCGACCAUCAUUGCGUCACCGACGGUGAGAAUCUGCACACCACCACCGUCGGAACCGGCUGUCGAUGACGAGUGUGACGACAAUGAGGGAGAUGAUGAUGUUUUUGAAGCAGAGCCCGUGAAAAGCAACUACAAUAACAAUAGCAAUACCAACUUCAGCAAUCAAAUGGCCGGGAGAGACAACUUUCAAAGCUCUGGUGGAGGAAACCAGCUGCUCCGGGGAAUGGACAUUGAACCCGGACCGGGUUCGCUCGCGAAUCCGAAUCUAGCGGCUGUUCCACACGGAGCGAUCAGUAAAGCUGAGACCGAUUCACUCAAUAAAAGACGCACACAGUCCUGCAGCGCAGCACUCCAAGCAGCCAACAAUGCUGGCAGUGGCCCACCCAGUGCAAAAGAACCACAAAGUCCACUGAACAAAAAAGAUGCCAAGAUCCGAAGACCGAUGAAUGCGUUUAUGAUCUUUUCCAAAAGGCAUCGUGCUCUGGUCCACCAGAAACAUCCUAAUCAGGACAAUCGGACCGUGAGUAAAAUCCUUGGUGAGUGGUGGUACGCAUUGAAGCCGGAGGAGAAAACCAAAUACCAUGAGCUUGCCAGCGAAGUCAAAGAGGCUCAUUUUCGGGCUCAUCCCGAGUGGAAGUGGUGUUCCAAAGAUCGACGGAAGUCGUCCUCCUCAACGAAAGACGGCCGUGGUCGGAUGGAUUCCUUUGAUGGAAACGAUUCCUUCGACGAGAAGAGCCCCACAACACCUUCGGAACAUGCCCAGACUGGCGUAGCGGUACCACAACUGAAUGACAUCAUUCCGACGACAAUCGCUCCGUACAACACUGGCAGCAAUCCGGACGAGGAAGGUGCACGUCCGGAGGGCAGUGGUGCAGCCGGGGAGAAAAUGGAUCAUGACGAUGGUACGAUGUCCGAUGACGAUCAACAGAUGGUGAUUGCCGAGGAUUCUGCACUGCAGACUUUGGGCGAAACGGUCGAAAUUGAUCUCAAAUGCGCCGAAAAGGUGGGUGACUCCGAUGUUGACGACGUCGGCCAUGGAGGUGCCACUGGGAUUGGUACCGGUGGUGAAGAAGGAGAUUUUAAGGCGAGAAUAAAGGUUUCAGACGCAGUGGUUUCAUCAUCCUCUCUCACUAACGAUAACAUCCCGACGGAUUAUUCAAAAACGGCGACAGCACCGAUUCCUCCGACUAGCAAUAGUAGUAGUAGUAGCUCAGCUCCAUCGACACCUUCGGAUCCACUGACAUGUAAGCCUAAGCCGAUCAAGGUAGCCCUACUGCCCCCACCGGUUUCACAUCCACCAGGCGGCGGAGUUUCAGGCAGCAGUGUUCCACAUGGGGAACAACCACCAGGAGCAGGCAUGCUCCACCAUAGCUACCACCAUCAUCAGACGCCGCUCAGCUACUCGUACGGUAGCCCGAAGAACCCGAUCGGUGUGUCGCCGUUUCAACCUACCGGGGGAGCGUUCAAAACUAUGCCCCAGAGCCCAAAAACUAUUGGCAAGCAGGAGCAGUUCCAAUCGGUCACAACACCGACUGCUAUCAAAUCUGAGCCGACGGACAAUCUGUGCAAUAACAAUAACAACAUGGCCAAAGUUUCUGCAAAUGGAAACAUAUUCAACUUUUCGACUUCUGCUAUCAAAGAACAUCAACAACAACAACAGCAGCACCAGCCGUUUGUCUCUACGGACAAUAAAUGUAAAUCGAUUAGUUUGAACCCUAUCUGUUAUACAAUUUCAAAUACUAACAACAAUGGUAACAAUGCCACCAUUACCGGUACAAGCAAUAGCAAUAACACAAUCUUGAUGAGCAUGAAACAAGUUGUACCAUCCCCGUCGGCGGUUACCACAGCAGUACAGCAGCAUCAGCAACAUCUCCACCAUCAGCAACAACAGCAGCAGCUUCAUCAUCACCUUCAGCAACAGCAGUUUCCUAGUGGACCCAACGGUGAAAAUGCGGCGGGGGCGGCCGCAGCUAUACUGACACCUAAUCAGCUGUUGGCCGCCGCGGCUGCCGCUGGUAGGCAGAAGUUUAUGUUUGCAGUGAAUGCAAAUAAUCCGCAGUUUACGCUCGUCCUCCCCGACAGCCAACAGUACUCUCUGAAUGAUCGGUCCAAACUGUACACCUCUACAUCAUCUGCUAUCUCUACUUCCUCAUCAUCUACUGCUUCCUCUUCGGCAGUCUCUCUUACCUCUUUGUCUUCUUCCUUGUCCUCUUCCUCACUGGGAUCUUCCCAGAGCUCCUCUACCAUGCCAGGACUAGCCGCUUCAACUGCUUAUGCACUAACCAGCUCCUCGAUGGUGCAGGGAUCGCAAAUUAAGCCAGCCAUAUCAUCAAGUACAACUACCGCGACACUCCAGCCAGUACAAUAUUUGAUACAAGGAAAAAUACCGAACCUUCUCAUCUCCACAUCCGCACCGCAGGCCUAUCAGCAGCAUCAACCACAGCAACCCCCGCUCAUGAAUAUCAAACAGGAACCGCCAGAAUCUCCCGGCGGAAGAAAUUUACCCGUCACACCAAACUCCUGCUCUUCGUCUGUAACUCAACCAAUGGAAUUGGUGGAACAGCCAAAUCCUCUGUCGAGUUCGGCUCCGACAGGAGCUGCAACGGAUGAGAUUGACGAUGAUUUUGAUGCUCCUGAGAGCAAAAAAUUCAUUCUUGCGCCCACUCCGGCACAAUUGGGACGAGCCCCGUUGCAGCGGCGGCAAAUGAGCAACAGCAGUAACUCAUCCGGCCAGCAACACACGCAGAACUCCGGCGAUAGUGACAACAGCAACGGAAGCACGCACCAACCGUCGACCCAGAUGCCAUCCGCACUGCCGACCCCAACCUCGGCCACGAUCGACGAUUUCCAGAGUCCGCAGAUUUCCCCCACAAUCAAAACAAAGAAUUUCUUCAAGAAGGUCAAACCUGACGAUAUGGACAACGUUCUAAGGCAGGUCGACUUCGAGAAGAAGUUCAAAACGCUACCCCAGUUUAAACCGGAGGACUGCCAGUCACCCAGUGCAAUAUCUGUGCCAUCGUCGCCACGUGUUUUUACCCAGAACUAUCGUAAGAAAUCAACACAACAGCAACAACAACAGCAGCAGCAGCAGCAACAACAACAACAACAGCAACAGCACCAUCAUCAGCAACAAUUAAAAACCCCAUCAGAGGACGAACACCCUCAGCAGCAUCAUCACCAUCAUCAUCCAUCAGCUCAGCUAACCUCGGAUAGCAGUGCACCGUUGUCAUCGACGGCAACGCCAUCCAGUGCAUACAUCGUCGGCAAUCGCUUUUUCGGGCCGGACUUCAACAUGGAACAAUACAAAGGUUACUUUUCUCUCGUAGAUAUGACCACGGACAACGCUGACCGUUCGCCUCGAACCCCGAAAACGCCUUCGGCACGGUCAGUCAACUCAGCCGAAGAGAGAGGCCAUCGCAAGGUUCUGGAGCAGCGCCGCAAUUUGGUCAUGCAAUUGUUUCAGGAUCAUGGAAUGUUCCCAACAUCGCAGGCAACCAAUAGUUUCCAGUUGGCCCACAGCAGCAUCUUUCCCAGCAAACAGAGCUUGCAGUUGAAGAUUCGCGAAGUGCGACAAAAGUUUAUGGCCCAACCGCCUGGCUUCACGCCACAAUCGGCCGGGCCGAUUACGCCUACCGAUCUUGGUUCCGGUAAGUUGAAAAGGAAAUAUAAUCGCUCCUGAAGUGAUCUUAUCUUCGAUGCUCCGAUCUAUCUUCAAUUCAUAUGCGUUAAUAAUACCCAAAUUUUUGAUGAAUUACAAGCACUCCGCAUGUAAGUCCUUAUUGUGAACAAAGUGAAUAGUUUCGGAGAGAAUCUAUAUUGUGAAUUGUGCUAAACAAUAAUGACAAAUAAAGUUCCUUUAUGUUGGUGUGCACUUUGGGUUUUCCAA